AGACACAGCGAUGCUCCCCGCGGAACCAUCACAGCCGGGCGCAGCGUCCUUCCCCGCUCCUGUAGUGACCUCUCCGAGCUUGACACAGAGGUGGAGAAAACUGGAAGAGCUCCGUUCUCCCGCAGCAGGUUCCUCAAGGUACGCAACGAAAACCUACAUGGAACGCAGCGGUGCCAGACGUGGGGAAGCGCUGUGCAGACUGCGAGUGGACAUGUAGCGAAGAGCACUCCGAGUUGUGCUUCCCACACACGGUCGAGCUCAGCUCUGAGGAGAGCGGCACAACUAGAAAGCAAAAUAAUGAAUCGAAAAAAGCAGAUGGAACUGCAAAAGACUGACUUGGGCCAGAAGCCUUUGAGUGAAGAGUCCUCCUCUGCAUCCAGUCACAAAUGCAGCGCAAGGGGCAAGAAAUACCUGAAGAAUUAUGCAAGUGCCAGUGGAAAAGUGACCCUCACAAAUUCUUGUUCUAAGGCAGAAGAAAACAUCCAAAGCCCUAAGAAGAACAUUAUGGGUUUGGAUAGUGAUGAAGAGGAGAUGAGGCAGCUGAUGAGGAGCUCUUUGGAGUUUUCCAGUGGAAAUAAGGAUCUGAGGGUUGUUGCAAGUGAUUCUAAAUGGGGUGGAAAGACUCCAGGAAUGACUCUUCCAUCUCAUAAGGAAAUUUCACUGUCAGAGGUAUCUAAAGCAUCUUCUUUUCAUAGCAUAGGCUCAGAGAAAAGUGUUUUUGGUAGAAUUAAUUCACCAAUACCUUCACCAGCCAGCAGAAACCUGUCAGAACGACAUAAUAUGAGAUCUCAAUUGCCAUCUUCUUUCACAAAAGACCGUACUAUCAAGAUUACUCUGCCUAGAACAGGCAACGCCAAGCAAAGUCAAAUAUCACUUGAAAGUGACAACAGUGAAAUAAAAUCAUUAGAUGAAUUAUUUUCAAAAGCAGCUGAUGCAGAAGAUUCACUCAGCAGCAGCUCAAAUGACUUCAGGCUGAAUAUCCUGAGCCUUGAUGAUUUGGCACCAAAUAUCACCAGUGAGGCAGCAGAAUUCAAGCAGAAAGAGACAGAUGUAGAAAUUACUCAAGAAUCAAACAGAAAUCCAAAAAGAGAUGCAUUCCUGGUGGAAAAAGACAAAGAUCUUAAAAUGUCAAGUGCAGUGACUGGUGUGAAUGAUGCUUCUGAAGGGGAUACUGAAAAAAAUGUGACUGAAGUGGAAAUCUCUGAGCAUUUAAAUGGAGUUUCUGCAGAUUUCCCUAGACACAAGCAGGAUUGUCUGGAUCAGGAUGAAGGAACUGUUAAUUCAGAAUAUUCUGAAGACUUUGAAAGCUCUCUGUCUACACCAGAUGGAGAUUCUGGAUCACAAAAGUCAGAGGCACAUUCUGAGAGCUGCACAUAUUCUGGCAAACACCCAUGUUCAACAUCAGCACCUCCAUUUACCAGAGAGCGGCAUGAGCAGGUACACAGAGUAACCGUCAAAGAAACUGCGGUUCAGACAGCAGAUCCUCCAUUCACCUAUUGCUGGUCAAAGACAAACACCCCUGCAGUGCUUGCCCCACCUGUAGGAAACAGCUACGUCGAUCCAGCACCCAUUGCCAGUCAUGUCAUCAGCAUGGAUGCAGUAGAAGCCCUGACAGCAUACAGGCCCUCAGCUCUUGUUCUGAACACCAUGUUGAAGCAGCACCUGAUGUUGACUCAGCAGUUUGUAGAGAACAUUCACCACCUUCACCUCUCCCUGGUGGAGUCCUUAGAGAGUGAGAAGUACCACUACCACACCCUGGAAGAGGCUAAACAGUACAUCAAGAAUCACAAAUCCCCACCUCUAACAAUUAAGCAAGCACGUGAAGAAAUUCAGAAAGCACAGGAGGAAAAACUGCUUUGA